AUGGAGGCGGGCUCCUCCUCGCCCGCGGGCCCCGCGCCGGGGCCGCCGCCCUCCAUACCCCCCUCCGGCGACCAGGGCGUCUGGGCCGACGUCUCGCCGCUCAUCGCCGCCGCCUGCGCUGAGGGACAAUGGGUUCCUCUGUUCCUGACAGAAUCGAUUACGAAGGCCCCUAGGAGUCGGUCCUGUCUGCGUGAGUUUAUGCGGUAUCUUAUAUCAUGGAUGCGUUGCCGCAAGCAUGCAGUUUCAUGUACUGGAGCAGAUCUCCAAGAUGGGGAACUUGUUCAUGGGGAGAACUUCAGUUUGUUUGCCGCAAUGUCUGCAUUGGAAAUAAUGGACCCUAAAAUGGAUUCCGGUAUCGAGAGAAGUGGAUAUUAUUCCAUCGAUGAAGCCAUAGAAGAUGGCAUUGCCCCAGUUCCACUUAGUUUGGACAGAACACUUGACAUUCAACGAACUCUUGAUGUCAUCGACCAUCUUUUCUCAUGUGAGGCAACCUGGCACAAGGGUCACACUCUAGCACAAACCGUCUUCACAUGUAUCUACCUUAUGAAAAUGGAGAGAAUUUCAUCGCAUGCUGUCCUAAAUAGCUUCUGCAGGAUUUUGCGUGCUACUUGUAAUUCUGUCAUUUCUGUCGUUUCAACUGCCCGAACUCAUGAGGAAGAAGACCUCUUUACGAUGUCUUUUGGACUGCCUUUGAAUGGUGAAGGUGAUGAUAAGUGCUUGUCAGUUCUGAACUCGGUUGAAGAGACAAUAUCUCGUCAAUUGCGUGCAUGUAAAUCCCAAGCAUUAUCCAAGAAAAAAACACUAGAAGAGUUUGAAUCACUGCAGGAUAAUCCUGAGCUGGAAGAGGGUUACUGCAGAGCCUUGUUGUGCAGAUUACGUUUUCGUAAGCAUUUUCACCAUGUGGUUACGUGCAUGAGGAAACCUCAAGGAAGAGGAUUGGAUUUGGCUCGCAAGCAUGUUACGUCAUGCUUGGCUGAGCUUAGUUUGAUGCUGAAGUCCCAAGAGUUCCUUAAGUCUCGGUCUGACAUUACAUCGCAAAAAGGUGAUGAAAGCUGCACCACUGCAUCAGGUUGCUGCCCUAUUGGCUUUGAUGUCAGUCUGAAUAGCAGACUUCUGAGUCCAGCACCACCGCGUGCUGUUCAAAUACUCGCCUGGAGUGAUGCAAUUAGGUACUUUGAGAAGCUUCUGCAUGAUCUAGAUAUCAUUUGUGCUCUGUCGCUUGAUCCCGUGCUUGAGAAUGUUCUUCACUUCAUUGCACAGUUCCAAAAAUCUGUACCUGAUUUGGUUCCUAGAGCAUUUCUUCAGGUCAUGAAUUUAUCUUUUUUGUACAGGCCACAACUCAAGACUUUAUUGGUUCAAGAUGGCAAACUUUAUGGGCGAGACUUGUUUUGCGAUGUAAUUUCAAGGGCUUUGUCAUUACCGGAUAUUAUAGGAGAUAAGGAAUUCCAGUCAAAUGAGUUUGUAGUGCAGCUAGGUCAGUUGGUUAUCAACUUGCUUAAAAUUCUCUGUACAAACACUGCAUGGCAACGGCGCAAGCUUGGGAAGAGCUUGCAGGAUUGGAGUACCAUUUCCAUACAGUUGGAGCUUGCAUUGAAAAGAGAGUUCGGUGAAACUAGGAAUGUCUUGGCCGAUGAGAACAUGUGCAUGAGAGUAUCAAAGCAACUACUUGUUUGGUCUCAAGAACAUACAUACUGGAUUGCUUCUCGGUUUCUCAUAUUGGGUUUUGAGCUUGACCUCUAUUCUCCGAGUGAAUACUGUAUGGUGUACUGGUAUAUGCAUGUGGUGUUUAUAAAGCUGAUAGAGAAGAUGCAGUUACGAAUCCUUGCUAGCAACGAAAACUCGCGAAGAAAAGGGAAAAAGAAGAAGGAUCAUUCAAAGGACUCUGUACGAGACACACCAUUUCCUCCUUCAUGUUUAUUGCUUCAGUGCUAUGUUCUAUUAUCAGAAGGACUUUCAAUGUUGCUGGCUGCCCUGAGGAAGGAAAGCAAGUCAUUCCAGUCACCAAGUAUCUUCAAUACUGAACAAGAGGACGUAAUGAAAUACAACUUUUUCAAGGAAAUCCAGAAGAUAAUCCCCUCCUUGAAAGGUAGUUUUGCGAGCGAACCAGAAAAGCUUGCAGAGCUCCGCCAGAUUGAACAGGUUGCCGAGCACAAUAGGAUAGCCCUAAACAUCAUCAACCACGUUGGUGCUAGCGAUCCGAAACUGAGGGUUUCGUUUGAGUUUACGCACCACCCUCACUUUGCGGUCGCAGUUGUAAAGAGAUCAUAG